ACCCACAGUAUGACUGUAAAAUCAACAUUUCUCAGUAACCAUCCUAUAUUAAGCCUAGCGCAAUACAUCAUUCGAUGCGCCAUGAAAAGUUCUACAAUAUGUGUUAAUAAGAAGCUUAACGAAGUGGGGCAGCAUGUUUUAUAAAUUUAAUACUAGACUUUUCCAUCGGUCGUGGCUAUACCACGGGAACUCUUUGUCACCUUUUUCUAUGAAACUAAAGAUGAUCCCUAAUCAUUCAUAUACUAUUCGAUGCGUUUUGGAAAGUUCCACAAGAUGUGUUAAUAGGAAACUUAACAAAGCUUGUCAGCGGCUUUUGUGUAUUAAAUCCUUCGCCACUUAAAACUACAGUGGGUUGAAAAAUUAUUCGUCCAUCUUUAUUUUUCCUUUUUCUCGUCAACCAUAAUAGCUAAAACAAAUUUGAAAAAAGAUCUGAACAGCUGAAAGAACUUUUUGAUCUGUUGUGCUGUAUAGAAAGGUCCUAUGAAAACUUCUGAAACUAGGAUCUCUCGAAAACCCAAAUUUCAGAAAACCAAGUCCACGAGUUCAAUCGAGAAAUUCUUUGCAAGUAACUCCGUCGUGUAGAGCAAACAUUUCUGAACAAAAUGAGACGUCUCCGAGCUCUGUGCCGCAUUUUUUCAUGAAACAGCAUUCGAUUUACGGAAGGUCCUAAGGGCGCAUCUUUGCGGUAAUUGAAAUUUGGGUUUUCCAGAGAUCCUAGUUUCAGAAGUUUUUAUAGGACCUUUCUAUAAACACUUUCAGAUCAACGAAACAUUGGUUAUCAGCCACUUUUUUUCGUUCUAUUGUGUUGACUAAAAAAAUUUCCACUCAAUAAUUCAAAGACAAUUUGAUCAUCUGUAGUAGUCUGUCUUUGUUGUGAUUUAUUUGUUGUUAGUAGGGUACUCCAGAUAACGUACAGUCAUUUUCAAUCGGAAUUGUUUAUCACAGACGUAUUUUCUGACAUUUUUUUGUUUCGUUUUUAUCUAGAUCGCCCAUCACAGUGCACAAGACGAAUGGAAUGCCAUUAAGAAAAACGAAGAACAUGUACAAGAGAAAAUUGAAGAAUAUUUGGAAAUUUAUCAGCGAUCAGGUGCAUCUGGUUUAGGCGAUAUAAAUCAACCACCACAGACAAAAAAGAAAAAAUAUCCGAAAAAGAAAAAAGCAAAAAAACGAAAACGUUCUGAUAAUUCAGACAUUGACGAAGCACAAAUACCCGUUAUCGAAGUUGAAACAGCCAUGACAACUCGAAGUCAAACAAAUGGCACUAAUGGUGAAUUCAGUGGUCCACCAUCAAAAAUCUCGACACUAUCGGUUAUUACUCCUAAUAUAACAACUGCACAACAAAAACAGUUACAGUCGAGAAAAGCCAAGAAAAUUCGUGCACCAGCUCAAGAACUCGUCUCUAUCGAAUUGACCGAAGUGAACGAGAAAAUUGUUAGUUUAAUUCAAUUGAAAAAUAUGGGUUUGGCCACAGACGAUUCAAAAAGAAAUUUGAAAAAAUUAUUUGCCGAACGAAAGAAGAAAUCAAAUGAACUCAAACGUUUAAAAACGGAGCAAGUACGAAAAGCAAAAUUUCGUCAGAAAAAGAAACAAAUCGUCGAACAAUUGUGUGAGAAAAAUCCAGAGAUUGCUGGCGAAUUAAGCAAAAUUUAUCGAACGACAAUUGGACGUCCACCAAUUGAAGAACAAUGUCCAGAUUUGCUUCAAAUUAUCGAGGAAAUUGCCAAAUGUGGUGGUGCAAGUGAUGAUAAACGACGAUCGGAACAAAUACGACCAUGUUUGACAUUGGAUGAUUUAAGAGAGAAAAUUAAACAGCGUGGCUAUGACAUUAAACGAUCAACAUUAUAUUACAGAUUAUUGCCUCGGCGUCCAACAUCAAUUGAUGGCCGUCGUCAUGUCCGUACUGUACCAGUUCGUCUUCGUCGUGCUCAAAACAAUGAUCAUGGAAAACAUGAGGAUGGUCAUUUUGCAACAGCCACUAUUCGAUACAUCAAAGAUUUGGCUGGUAUAUUUGGCAAUGAUGUUGUAUUUUUCCUAUCACAAGAUGAUAAAUGUAAAGUUCCCAUUGGAUUGCCCGCUGCCAAAAUUCAAGCACCAAUGUUAAUGCAUUUGGACUAUGCCGUUAAACUACCGGAUCAUGAUUGGACAGUAGCCCCAAGACAUCAAUUGACACCAUCGGUUUACGCUGCGUGCGUCAUUAAUCCAGAUGGUGAUGUUGGUUAUUCGGGACCGACGUAUAUUGCCGUUCGAUCAGCAAAACAUGAUCGUUCUGAUGCACAAUCACAUGCAAAAGAUUUUGAUACACUUGUACAAUUAAAAGAAUUUGAAAAAGUUUGCAGAGAUUUAAAUGGAAAUAUAAAACCGAUUGUUAUUGUUACUGUUGAUGGUGGUCCAGAUGAAAAUCCUCGUUUUCCUAAAACACUCAUGGCUGCCAUCCGUAAAUUUCGUCGAUAUAAUUUGGAUGCUCUAUUCAUACUGACUCAUGCACCUGGACAAUCAGCGUACAAUGUUGUUGAACGUCGAAUGGCACCAUUAUCACACGAUUUAGCCGGUCUCAUUUUGCCACAUGAUCAUUUCGGUACACAUUUGAAUGAUAGUGGAAUAACAAUUAAUACCGAAUUAGAAAAGACAAAUUUUAAAAAAGCAGGCGAAGUAUUGGCAGAAGUAUGGCGAGGAUCAGUAAUCGAUGAUUAUCCGGUAGUAGCAGAAUAUAUUGAUCCACCAGCAACUACAGAUAAUGAACGACGAGUGGUUGAUGUUACAUUUGUCAUGGAUAAUCUAUUAAAAGCUAUUUGUGCCGAAGAAGAAGCCGAAGAAGGACAUGAAUUUCGUAUUCAUGCCUCAGAUGAAUAUUAUCAAGAAAAAGCACGUCUUCGACAAAUAAUACAUGAUGAGGAACUAGUGUUACAAAAUGGAAAAGAACAUACAAAAUAUGAUAUUGAUGAAUAUUGGUGUGCCACACAUGUUUUACAAACACAAUAUACCAUACAAAUUGUCCGAUGUAAUAAUGCACUGUGUUGUGGAAAAUGGAGAUCAAAUUAUGUACAAAUAUUUCCACAUCGUUUCCUACCACCACCCGUACCAUUUGAACGAACACCUUAUGGUAUUCAAAUGGCUGAUAAAGAUUCGUUAAAAAAUCAGUUUUAUGGUUCAUUAUUUCAUCGUAUACAAUUUCAUGGUGUUGUAAUUAAUCAUACAAAAAAUGACAUGUUACCAUUUGAUUAUUGUUGUUCAUCAGUUAAAAAAGAAUUAAAAAAACGUAUUUGUAAAAUAUGUAAGCAAUAUAUUCCAUCAGCAUAUAGAAUGAAACAACACUAUAAAAUACAUCAACAAUAUCAACAAGAUUCGGAUGAAGAAGGAGGUACAGAUGAUUUAUUUGAUUUGAUGGCUGCUAGUGAAAAAAAUGUCACCGAACCAGCAAUACCAGAAGGUGCUGUCAUCUUCAAUGAUAUGUUAGAUUGGUUAAAAUCAGAUUUUGAAGAAUUAGAUUUACAAGAGCAAAAGGCUUUAAAUAAUUUAAAAGCUACAUCGAAACGAGAAAAAUCAACAAUGAAACUGCGUUCUAAUUCAACGACUCAUCUAACAGCUGAACAAUUGGAAAAAUUAAAAUUAAAUGAAAAUGGUCAUAUGAAUGGAAAAGAUGAAGAACAAGAAACUGAAUGUGAUGGUGUAGAAGAAAAUGGUGGUGAUAAUGAUAUUGAUGCUGAUUGGACGCAAGUGGAUAUUUAG